GUUUUAUGAAUCAGUACGAGACAAAAUUCAUUCAGUUGUGAUAUAUGGUUAUACCUUUGAUGUUUUUGACAUAAUAAUACGCGACUAAAUAAUGUCUCAAUGAUAAACAGAAACUUGUAUGAAAUAUUUAUGUUUGCAUAAUGUUGAUAGAACGAAAUGGAUGGCGUUUUCGCUCGGCAAUAUCUAGUGGGAGAAACAGUAGUCUCGAUGUGCUGGGACCGUCCGCCGACCAUGGUAACUCGAUGACCACUGUCCACCCAAUUAUACCGGUUUUCAAGAAGUGCAGGGACAGAGAUAUAGGAGAUAUUGGUUGGACUAACAAGCCGACAGGAAGGCAUCAACAACGUAAGAGCAUAGAUGAUUCUGCCACGAAGAGUGUUACACUGCCACCACUACAACGAAGCGUAACGGAUCUAGGAUCUUUGCGGACGAUGUACAGGAGACCGAAAUCACCAACACCUAAUUUUACGAUGAUCAACCGCAGAGACCCCAGCUUAAUGAAGACGCCAGACGUCAAUUCUCUCAUAACCAUGUCCAAACCGAUUCCAAAUUUGCUCGACAAACCGAAGAAGGACGACGAAGAGACGCCAAGGAAAAAUUUGAAUAUCUGGAAAAACGAAGUUAAAAAAGUUGUUCCCGCACGGCCAGCAAUUGCAAUCCAUUCUGACUGGAAAGCGCCACCUGCCGAGUGGGACGACAGGGACCAGUAUAUUUACGGACCGAAACCCAUAUUUUACAAGAACAUUAAAUACACGGAACAUAAAGACUUUGUUGUUAACCCUGAAUGGUUGUCCGAGUUUAUGACUGUCUCGACGUAUUCUCAGGCGUACCGCACAUGCGCACUCAGAUAUGGAUGGUGUGCCUAGAAAUUAUUACAUAAAUAAAAUUUUUAAAAUCUUUAUUUACACAUUUUUUUAUACAAGUUAAGAGUUUAAAACAGACAUUGUUGAAACUAAUAAAAGUUAAAGAAAACUGA